AUGCCGUUUUACUUUGUUAUUUCGAAAAAUAGAGAACAUCUGACAGACGUGGUAGUCCACUACUUACUGACGGAGGAAAAAGUGCGCAUCUGUUGCCGUGACCUUAUCAAGAAAAUCGCCAUCUACAAAAAUCGCUUAGCGGUCCAGCUGCAAGAAAAACUCAUGAUUUACGAGCAACAGGAAGGCGAACAGCUGCACUAUGUCAUCAAGGAAAAAAUCAGCCAGAAUUUCAAAUGCAGCCUUAUGGCCAUUUGUACCAACCACAUCAUUCUGUGUCACGAAAAGAAACUGCAGUCGGUGAACUUUCAGGGCGUCAAGGAACGCGAGUGGACGUUAGAUUCACCCGUGCGCUACAUAAAAAUAGUCGGCGGACCGGCCAACAAAGAGGGUCUCUUGCUAGGCUUGAAGAACAGGUGUCCAAAAUAUUUUUAGAUAACCCUUUCCCGGUGGAGUUGCUCAAGAUCAGUGUCCCUAUCCGCUGCCUGGACUUGAGCUCUUCACGCCA